UUCACCGGGGCCUGUCAUCUGACUCUUUUCCUGUCGGGAGAGAAAAAACAAAGUUUUUGAAACCCCACCCUCUCCGCUGACUGUGGGCAGACGGAGAAGUGGAGAAGUGGUUCGAGGUCCGGACGAGUUGACCGAGGAAGAGGAAUAUUCCAACAAGUUACGAUGGCGGUGUGGCGCUGUUUGGAUACGGAGCGCACCAACGGGGCCGGCGAGCGGGACGAGGCCACGCGCUGAACUCCAACUCGGGGAACUAACGGGAUUUUGUUUCUACUGCGUGGUUGCUCUCUCUGGAAAGUGAAGCGUGUUGCGGACGGCUCUUCCUGUUCCGAAAGUCGGCGGGUCCCUACGUGUUUGUGUCGCGAUAAAGACCAGCUCGUCGCGCGCUCGUGAUAACUCGCAACUUGUUCGGUAUGGACACUCUCGCUCGGAAGGUUGCGGGAUUUCCUGCGGGAGCGCCGCACAGUUGCGGCCAGUCUCGGUUAUUGGAGAUUUCUGUUUGCUAAUGCGAACUGGAACUUGUCGUAAAACACUGGUUGGCUGUACUGAAUGCUCCUUUUCCUGCUAUUCUUCUCCGCUUCGCAGCGCUUCCUGCUUGUGGUGGCCGCUGCACUUAAUGGCUAAAAAUACAUUAAAACAAACCCAAAUGGACAGCUGAACAGUGGUGGGAACAGCCAUUUAUACUUCAAAGUAUUUUUACAACAAGCUCUGGAUAGUUUAAUUGAUCUUUCUACACUUCAGUCAUUCCACAGCUCAACAGGUGGCCGCUUUGCCUGAGGGGAAGAGGAGAGCUCACUUACCCAUUAGGCCAUUCAGGAGCCUCUUAGAAACAGGCCGGUGAACGUGUAGGGAAAACCACACAUCACUUGAACCGAGAGAAACGCUGACUGGAGACCGUGCUGCGUUUCUGAGCUCGGGACAGAAUCAAUCCAUUAACUGAUCCUGUGUGUUUUUAAGUGGGGUGGCUUUGCGUGUGAUGUCAAGACGAAUGAGAGACUUUCACCAUUCAGUCGUCUCCGAUUCCUCCUCUGUAGCCCGCUUGUUGGUCAAGCUUUUGAACACAUUUCACUGGUCCCUGAUGAACCAACAAGAAAGGGAGCGAGGCGCAAUAAAGUACUCCUUUGUACUUUUAUUUUCAGACCCUUGCGGUGCAAAAUCAGAUCCAGUGUAGACAUCUGCUUGAGGCUCCAUGGAGCCACUGAAGAACAUAUUCAGUCGUGGCUCGCUGUCCAACUGGAAGAAUUUGGAUCAAUCACAAAAAGGGAACUUCACCAACCCUGUGUGGACGGCCUUAUUCGACUAUGAGGCGUCCUGUAAAGAUGAGCUCACCUUGCGUAAAGGUGACCUGGUAGAAGUCCUGUCUCUGGACUCUGAGAUAUCAGGGGACGAGGGCUGGUGGGCGGGGAAGGUCAACAACAAGGUGGGCAUCUUCCCGUCCAACUACGGCUCCUUCAAGCCGAGUGGGUAUGGGAAGCUCCCGAACAGCGCCGUGGUCGGCGAGCUCAGCCCGGCUGUGGUCUGCCAGUUUGAGCCCGACGUGCUGGACUUCCGGGAGCUGAGCCUGGAGGAGGUCAUCGGGGUCGGGGGCUUCGGAAAGGUGUAUCGCGGUACAUGGAGAGGCCUGCUGGUGGCCGUGAAGGCCGCCCGCCAAGACCCGGACGAGGACAUCAGCGUGACGGCGCAGAACGUCCGGCAGGAGGCGCGUUUGUUCGCCAUGCUCACUCACCCCAACAUCAUCGCCCUGAAAGGCGUCUGCCUGCAGGAGCCCAACCUGUGCCUCAUCAUGGAGUACGCCUCAGGUGGGCCGCUGAGCCGGGCGCUGGCAGGGCGCCGCAUUCCGCCGCACGUCCUCGUCAACUGGGCCGUGCAGAUAGCCCGAGGGAUGUUGUACCUGCACAGCGAGGCCAUCGUCCCCGUCAUCCAUCGGGAUCUCAAGUCCAACAACAUCCUUCUGGCUCAGCCCAUCGAGAAUGAAUGUAUGGAGGGCCUGACGUUGAAGAUCACAGACUUCGGCCUGGCGAGGGAGUGGCACAAGACCACCAAGAUGAGCACCGCCGGCACCUACGCCUGGAUGGCCCCCGAGGUCAUCAAGUCCUCCACCUUCUCCAAGGGCAGCGACGUCUGGAGCUACGGUGUUCUGCUGUGGGAGCUGCUAACGGGAGAGGCCCCCUACAAAGGGAUUGAUGGACUUGCCGUCGCCUACGGAGUCGCCGUCAACAAGCUCACCCUGCCCAUCCCCUCCACGUGCCCCGAACCCUUCGCUCAGCUCAUGUCAGAGUGCUGGGACCAGGACCCACACCGCAGACCCAAUUUCAGCUCCAUCCUGGCCCAGCUCACGGCCCUGGAGCAGCAGGUGAAGGAAGAGAUGCCGCAGGAGUCCUUCCACUCCCUGCAGGAGGAUUGGAAACUGGAGAUCCAGGACAUGUUUGAUGAACUCCGGGCUAAAGAGAAGGAGUUGCAUUGCCGCGAGGAGGAACUGAAGCAAGCGGCCGUGGAGCAGAAGUCCCACGAAGAGUUCCUGCGGCAGCGCGAGCAGCAGCUGGCGCAGUGGGAGCAGGACGUGUUCGAGCGCGAGCUCAGCCUCCUCAUCCUCCACCUGAACCAGAACCAGAACCUGGAGAAGCCCAACGUCAAGAAGAGGAAGGGCACCUUCAAGAAGCACAAGCUCAAGUGCAAGAACGGCGAGAAGAUCAGCAUGCCUCAAGAUUUCAUCCACAAGAUUACGGUGCAGGCUUCCCCUGGUCUGGAGAAGAGGCGGAACUCUCCUGAUCUGGGUUCGGGCUCCUCGCCCUCCUUCGGCCCACGUUUCCGUGCGAUCCAACUUAGUCCCAGUGAUAACAGCAGGUCGUUCGGUCUGAGCCCGGUCUGGCCCCUCGAGGCCCCGUCUCAUAAACAAGCCAAUGGAGACCUGAGAUUGGUCCCCCACUGGAGGCCCCAGAGCCCCAAAAGUCCCAAAAGCCCCAAAGUCCUGCGCCUUAGUCCUCAGGAAAGCAGUCUGUCGAUGAGGGCCAAGCUCCUGGAUUCAGACAGCAAUGUGAGGGGGGAAUCCAAGGAUGACUUUGAGGAGUACAGACCCUCUGCGCCAACCCCUCCCCCGGCUCAGAACGGCUCCUCAGCAAAGGACAGCCUGCGGCUUCCGCUACCUCAGCGAGACUCGGCCAGCGAGGAAGGGUGUUCCUCCCCGGCUGGCUCCCCCCGGCCAGAGAGGGGAUCCCACGGUGGCCUUGUUAAGAGCACCCACCAGGCCCUGCUGGGCGGUGGCUCCCUCCUGGCCUCCAUAGUACUGGGUCGCUGCCUGGAUAUUCCCCCAAGGGUGCCUCCUCGAACUAACCUCCCAUCACUAGAGAGCCACACCCCCUCCGAACCAGAGAUCUCUUCCCCUAUGCCCCUCAUUUCAGAUCCCCCAGUGGUGGACGAUCUCAUCACCUUGUCCCCCUCCGAGUUGCUCCCCAGACCGCUUUUGGACUUAGCUCAGCAGUACCAAGAACUGAAGCCCUUGCCCCUGACGCCGCCUCCGCCGAUCCCCCGCGAGAGGAGCAGCCACCGGAUGCCGCACAGUCCGCAUUGCCCCAGGAACCCCCUGCAGCAUGGCAAGACUAGCCCGGGGGAAUGGACUCCCAGUACCUAUGCGACUAACGGGGAGCUGACCUGUGAGACAUGGGAGCACAAAGCUGACAGGAGAAGGAGGUCCAGCCAAGGCCUCCACGCCUCUCAGCUAGUUUUGGACCUGCCCUUGUGCCAAGACACACAGGACUCUAAUGACAAGCCUUCAGUGUCCUUGUCUCUCCACCCUAACCCUGCCCUCUGGAGCCCCAAAACACGCCGCCUGGAGGUCACCGUCAUCCCCCGGCCCCGCCCAUCCCCCAUUCGCCCCCGCAUUGAUCCUUGGAGCUUCAUCUCGGCAGGUGGCGUGAACUCGGGUGGUGGCCGCAGCCCACAUCGCUUGGACAUCAACCCUCUGGGCUACCAACCCUCCCCUACCAACCCUUUCACCAACUGUGACCCCUUCCCCUCACCGGAUUGCGACCCGUUCGCCCUCAAGGCUGACCCCUCGAGCGGCUCCGACACGCCUUCCCCGUUUGACCCCUUCUCGGCACCCUUUCCCACCUCCCGUUCUGCCCCGAGCUCCACUAACAGCUCACCCACGCUGCCCUCAUUACGUAAAGCGCCCCUCAGCCUGGCCGACUCGCCCCUUAUCGACAUGGGCUGGGCAGCCUGCAGCAAGCCCCUGGAUGGCACCAAAGAGAGAGCUCACCCCCGCAAGACACUGGGGCUCAAGCCUUUCAAGUCCCCAACGCAACUCAGAGACGAUAGGUUCUAAACCUGAGCCUAGGGCUGUGGUUUUUAUCAUAGCAACACAGCCCAGGCACCUUUUCACUGCUUAGCGAGGAUUUGGAAUCUUUAAAAAAAAACGCACAGCCAUCACUCAACCCACUAAGGGAAGUUUCCCCAAUGGGAGCCCCAAUCAUUGCAGGUCCUUUAUAUGUGAGCCUCCUGCUUCGGAAACCAGAAAGCCAGUGAAAGGUGGUACAUUGGAUGGUGGGAUAGCUGCCUUUGAACCAAAAGCUGGUGCCCAUUUUAUUCCCCCCUCUAUCUUGGUUUCUCUAUCCUUUUGAAGGUGCAGAACACAGAUCACCAUCUUCGGAUUCUAUCAGACUCCUCAUAUCACCUGCUUUCAUCUCCCCCUGCCUUUGAAGCAUUGUGACAAUGCAGAGGUGGAUAAGGCGACUUGCACAGCUUCAUCUGCCUCUACCUCUCUCCAAACUGAAAGCAUUCAGGACAAUGGGAAAUUGGAGUGCCGUACUUUGUGAAGUGUUUUUAGCAUAUAUCUUUUUCGAGAUUUCUUGAAAGGUUAUUCUGGUGCUUAAAUUUGGCUUAAAUUUGCAAAUCAGCUUAGCAUUGCUGUGGAGAAAAAUGUUGUGUGUGUGCAUGUAUGUCUAGACUCAUUGUUCAAGGAAAGCUUACUGUUUUUUUUAAACAGCAUCUGCCUGUUGCAUUAUGGGAGAAUGCACUGGAUAUUCCAGGCCACUCAUGAAAUCCAAGACAAAUCCAUGACCCAGACAUUCCACUUGGAAGAAGAUAAAAUUCCAAUCACGGUCCCCUUGAAAUGCCAGGGAUUGGACAGAUUCAUUUGGCUGGCGGGCACAGGAAACAGGAUGGGGGUGGGGGGCCCUCUGCAUUCCCUUUUAUAUGCCAAAGAAUGCCACUGUGACAGUGUCAGAACUGGGACAAAGGGUGUUUGCAAAUGCAUUGUUUUUACCAGUGCCAGAUGGGUGCGGUCGGCCACAUUGGAUAGUACAGAGAAAGCUGAGACAAUCACGGAUAGUAUUUAAACAUAACUUUUAAUGUACUUUUCUGUGGUUAUCUUCUUUAAUAUCAUCCAGGUUGUCUUAUCACUACCCGUCUGAUGCUGUAUGGAUGCUUCACUGCAUACUUUAUUUAUUUGUAGGGUCCACUAGAGUAGUAGUAGCCUCGCUAAGCCAGUCAAAUGACACUUCUCUCCUUGAAUUGAUUGGAUGAGUGCUUGCACAGCUGUCAUUGGUUCCCUCUUCCAAUUCUUGAACUAGGGAAACAUUGUGGUUGUACUGGAAAUGUUGUUAAAUUACACCGGAGAUUAUCCACCAAAUGUAGUUUUUGCCACAAAAUGUGAGCCAGAAACAGCUGUGAAUCUUUAAACCCAUACUACACCACCCUUGUAAAAUUCUAAAGGAAUAGUUUGCCAUUUUGGGGAAUACACUUCUUUCUUGUCCAGAGUGAGAUGAAAAGAUUGAUACCUCACUUAUAUCGGUCCGUUCAAUAAGAAUAUGUUAGCUAGCUUAGCAUAAAGACUGGGAUCAAGGGGAACAGUUAGCCUGAUCUAUCUAUAAACCCAAACCAUUUUAACAUUGCUAAAAAUGUCAUUAUACUUCCAGAAUAGAUACAGCAGGGAAGUUCAACAUUGAACAAUAACAUAGAAAGAAAUUUAUUAAUUGUAAAGAAGCUGGAAAAGCUGUUUUUCAACCAACAGCAGCCUCAAAGGACCGGAAGGCACUGGAUCAGCAACUUGCCCUUUCACUCGUGGUUCACAAUCAUUAUCAUCGCCGAUCGUUCUACAUACUAAAUAUUCAGGCACUUUCUCCUGUUUCUUUUUUUAUAUAUAAUGCAGCCAAGUGAGGCAGGUUGAGGGAAAGUGGCUGUAGCAACAAAUGCUUAUCGCAAAAAUAACCCCUGGAAUUGGUUGCACAUCACACAGUAUCCAAUUAUUAUUAUCCAAUAAUUUAGUCAGCUGGUCCUCGAGCAUGUUGUUCCAUAAUUAGUGUAGGUCAAGCUUGUAAGCAACUGAAAGAGACCCACAUACACAUGACUUAGUCGCCCUGUUACCCAUGUCUUUGCCGCAGCAUUACGAGGCACAAAUGCUGUCGCGAUGGGCUUCAUCACUGACACCGUGUCAUUGGAGGACAAUAUCGGCUUUGUUCGGAUGAAGAGUGAAAACCUUGUCUCCAAAGAGGAAGGCUUUGUGAUUAGCCUAAUAAUCCUUCUGACGAACAGAGGAGGCUGAUAGUGAUAAUUACCCUCUUGAUAAGAGCAGGGAGCAUUAACAAAGCGUUCAGAUAUUUGGUUAAUUAAAUCCCCCCCCGACGUUACGUGAAUGCCCCUCGUCCUCCUCGCAAGGUAUUUUCAGUUGCUUCCUGCAUCAGCUUACAUCUCGAUUUUAAGUCGUGCCCUUUUUU